AUGAGGCCGCUAUGGGGUGGCUCUAAUGCCUCCAGGGCUCUUCACAGGGGAAUCUUUAAGAUCUCACCGCUCUUUGUGCUCAAGCAGAACUAUUCGGUGCUCAACAGACGCUUCUUAUCACACUCCCCAUUACUACUAUCAUCAGCUGCUUCCAGGAUACUACAAAGAGGCAAUACAACACACCUUUUAGGUCAUAGACCUUUCUCAUUCACUUCAAUUCCUAAAAUACUAGGGAAAGCCGUUAAGGCACCAGCUUAUUUGGGAGGGAGCUUAGCUGCUGCUGGAAGUUAUGUUGCUUAUAAAGUGGAGGAAGCUUCAAACUAUACACAGGAUCGAUUGAACCAGAUGAAGGAAUUUGGUGGUAACGCUUAUGAUAAAGCUUCGGAUUUCUUCAAUGGGUUGAAUUUUGGUAGUGGUGCUGGAGGUGAAGGUGGUGGUAGUGGUGGAAAUGGUGGUGAUUCAGCUGCCGCUGUUGGUACUGCUGCUGCAAUUGCUGGUGUCAAUUCACAAGAAGAAGAGGAGGAAGCCACAGAUGAAGAAGAGAAAGAGGAGUUAAUAGAUCAAGAUGAAGAUGAUGAACCAGAAGAUGAUUCAACUGAUGAUCAAAUUAUGAGUCUUACAAGACAAAUGAUUGAAAUUAGAACUUUAUUACAAGAGAUUGAUAGAUCUUCAGAUACAUUGAAAUUACCAUCUAUUGUUGUUAUUGGCUCUCAAUCUUCAGGUAAAUCUUCAGUCUUGGAAUCAAUUGUUGGUCAAGAAUUUUUACCAAAAGGUUCUAAUAUGGUUACUAGAAGACCAAUUGAAUUAACCUUAGUUAAUACACCAAAUACAGCAGCUGAAACUGCAGAUUUUCCAGCAUUGAAAAUGUUCAAUUUAACUGAUUUCUCAGAAGUCCAAAAGAUAUUGUUUGAUUUGAAUAUGGCUGUUCCUGCUACUGAAGCUAUUUCUAGUGAUCCAAUCCAAUUAACAAUUAGAUCACCAACUAUACCUGAUCUUUCAUUGGUUGAUUUACCAGGUUACAUUCAAGUUGAAGCAGCUGAUCAACCAACUGUUUUGAAACAAAGAAUCAGAGAAUUAUGUGAUAAAUAUCUAGAGGCACCAAACGUCAUUUUGGCAAUCUCUUCUGCAGAUGUUGAUUUAGCAAAUAGUUCUGCCUUGAGAGCUAGUAAAAUUGCAGAUCCAAAAGGUGAAAGAACAAUCGGUGUCAUUACAAAAUUAGAUCUUGUUGAACCUCAAGUUGCUAGAAAUAUUUUGUUAAACAAGAAGUACCCAUUGAAAAUGGGUUAUGUUGGUGUGAUAACAAAAGCUCCUACAAAAUCGUUAUUCAGAAAGAGUGUUGGUCAUGAUGCGUUUGUUGCUCAACAAAACUUUGAAUAUCAAUACCUAAAGACAAAUAAAGAAGAAUUUGGCCAAUGUAAUGUCUCCACAAGAAUAUUGAAGAAAAAAUUAAUCAAAGUUUUGGAAAGAACAAUGUCAAUGUCACUAGCUCCAACUGCCAGUUUAGUUCAGCAAGAAUUGGAUGAAACAGCUUAUAAAUUCAAAGUUGAAUUCAAUGAUCGUCAAUUAACCCCAAAGACAUAUCUUGCUGAAAAUGUUGACACUUUGAAAUUGGCUAUCAAAGAAUUCAAUGAACAUUUUGGAAGAUCUGAAUUACGUUCCAUCCUUAGAAAUGAACUUGAUCAAAAGGUGUUGGAUUUAUUAGCUGCAAGAUAUUGGAAUAAACCUAGCGAAGAUGAAGUUGGAACUAAAGUUUUGAUUGAAAAUUUGACAGCUUUGAAUGAGAUGAAAAAAGAUGAUUCAUAUUGGUUGAAAAAAUUAGAUUUAACAACAAGUUCAUUAACAAAAUUGGGAGUUGGUAGAUUAUCAACUACAUUAAUCACUAAUGCAAUUGUUUCUGAAGUGGAAAAUAUUGUUGAUGGAACUCAAUUGAAGAAUCAUCCAUUAGCCAAAGAAGCUGUGAAAGAAGCUGCCCAAAGUGUCUUGAACUCUAGAUAUUUCUCAACAGCUGAUCAAGUGGAAAAUUGUAUCAAACCAUAUAAAUAUGAAGUUGAUGUUGAGGAUCGGGAAUGGACCAUCUCUAGAGAACACUCUAUACAAUUAUUGAAAGAAGAAUUAACCCAAGUCAAUGACACUUUACAAGUUUUGAAAACCUCAAUUGGUGGUCGUAAAUUAUCACAAGUUAUCAAAUAUCUAGAUGAAGGUGGUAAGAAUCAUGAAGAGACUUUAGGUUUCUCAAAAGUGCUGUUGGAUAGAGGUCGUGAAGCUCAAUUCUUGAGAGAUCGUUCAAUCAUUUUAGGGUUAAGACUCAAGGCUUUAAAAUCAAACUCAUGUAAAACAAAAGAUAAUAAAUUCAAAUGUCCAGAAGUAUUUUUAAAUGUUGUGAGUGAAAAAUUAACCACGACAGCUGUUUUAUUUUUGAAUGUUGAACUAUUGACUGAUUUCUUCUAUAAAUUUCCAAGGGAGUUGGAUUCAAGAUUAAAUAUCAAUUUAACAGAAGAUCAAAUUGAAGAAUUUGCUAAAGAAGAUCCAAAGAUCAAGAGACACAUUGAGUUACAACAGCGUAAAGAGUUGCUUGAAUUAGCAUUACAAAAAAUUGAUGGAAUAUUAGCUUUCCAAAGAAAUAAGAGUGGCUUGAGCACAAAUUAUAGAAACAAUAAUAAUGAUGGUAAUGGGAAAUGGCGUUGA